AUGGCGUCGACGUCCGCUUCGCAGGCCGAGAUGGUAGCAAGUUUGAUUGGUGAAAAGGUGCUCGAGACACUGGAACAGAAGGAAACAACACUGGAUGAGACAAUUAGGAAGCUUGAACAGGCCGACGACGAUGAGCUGGAACGACUGCGUGAGAAGCGGCUAGAGGCCAUGCAACAGAAAGCGCGCAAGGUGCAGGAUCUCCGUGCACGUGGCCAUGGCGAGUAUACGACGAUUGCAGACACGCACGAGUUCUUUGAUACAAUGAAAAAGAGUGACAAGGUAGUGAUACAUUUCUUCACGCCUGCUAAUGCCUUCUGCCAAGUCGUGGAUGGCCAUUUAGCUCGUCUGGCACCUCACCAUGUUGAGACUAAGUUUGCUCGCAUUAAUGCUGAAAAGGCAGAGUAUUUGGUGGAAAAGCUUGGUAUCUGGAUGAUUCCCUGCAUUGCACUCGUUCAAAAGCAAAAAGUAGAGAAGAUGGUGCAAGGUUUGGACGAGUUAGGAGGCACAGACAAGUUCUCUACGGCCUUCCUGGCCUAUUACUUGAGUCUGCACAAGAUGUUGACGUACGAAGGUCCUGAGCCAGAGAAUCCAUUGGAUGGAUGUGGAGGUGCGUAUGCAACAGGUAGUAAACCAGUGGAAUUGAAGCAGCAGCUAGACCAGGAACGGAUUAGCAGUAUCCGUCAGAGUAUCUUCUACGACAGUGACUUGGAGGAAGACGAUGACUAG